AUGGCAGUGAUCGGUGCCGAACAGUCUUGUGUCUAUUUGCCGGCCUGUUAUUCGGAAAGAGCCGAAGGCCGGAUCAAGAAGACCCUCGACAGUAUCUCGUCGGCCGACUGUUCGGAUCCACCGAACCGGCGCUUCGUCGUACUCUGUGUUGGGAUGAUCGCUCACCAUAAUACUCCCGACGUGUUCGAGACUGAAAAUAUUUAUGAUGUGGGCUCACUCUGUACAUUCGAUGGCGUCACCCUUGCCAGUGAUUUGGAUUACAACUUCGAAUUGAGUUUCUCAUGUCUGGUGGAUGAUCCCUUCAAGGAAAUGGGAGUUGAUGAGGAAGAAUACAAAUCUUACAAGGGGAAGGUUCUUCUGCCACCCAUUGGGAUCGCCGGCCAUGAGCUCUAG